GACUAGCACCUUCCUUGGUUUUCGGCAGCGAGGAAGGAUUAGGAGGGUUUUAGCGUUUUUGGCCUUCUCUUCUCUCUGUCUCUCUCCUAUCCGCUGUAGACGACGACGCCGCUGUUGCUGCCGCCACGGUCCUCCGCAAAACCCAGUCAACACCGCCGUCUUCAGCCCCUUUAUCUUCCACCAUCCGCCACCAGGUUUACCAAUUUGUUCUCAAAAAUUUUCACCCUUUUUUCUGCUGUAAGUUUCUUUGCCGGCUCAGAACUAUCGCAGUCUGUGAAUUCCAUUCACUUCAUAAAAACAUAAGGGAUUGAUUAACUUUGCAAUUGGUCAAAACCCAGAAGUCAGCUUCUCUCGAAUUUACUGCAAAUUUCAGUUCCAGUGUGUUUGAUUCUGUUUGUUUGUUUCGACAGAGGGUGCUGCGAAGAUGACUGCUGUAUCGGGAUUGACUGGUAGUCCCUCCAGAUUCUGCUUCCAAAUUCCAGCACGAAGUUCUGGUUCACUACGAGGGCAAGUUUCGAAUUUCCCUUAUAGUUGGAAGCCUGCAGGAAAGAAUGAUCUACUUCGUGUGGAAAGAAGUUAUUGGACUGGUUUUGCUCAAAGGUUGAACGCACGGAAAACACAUCUGAUCAAGUUUGCCAUGGAUGCAUCCUUCGACGAUAUGUCCAAUGAACCAGCAGCUAUAUUUCCUAGGAUUAAUGUGAGGGACCCCUACAAGCGACUUGGAAUAAGCAGGGAGGCUUCGGAAGAUGAGAUUCAAGGUGCAAGGAACUUCCUUAUCCGACAGUAUGCAGGUCACAAACCAAGUGUAGAUGCAAUUGAAUCAGCCCAUGACAAAAUAAUCAUGCAGAAGUUCUAUGACAGGAAGAACCCAAAAAUUGACUUUAAGAAAAAGUACAGGGAAGUCAAUCAGUCCCGUGUUGUUCAGGCUGUGAGAAAUAGGUUCCGAACUCCGUCCACAAAUUUCAUUAUAAAAACGUCCAUUGCAUUUCUAGUGCUUGCAGCUCUCACUGUUCUAUUUCCAACCGAAGAAGGUCCAACCCUUCAGGUUGCCCUUUCCUUGUUGGCUACCAUCUACUUUGUACAUGACAGGCUGAAGAGCAAAUUACGAGCUUUCCUCUACAGUGCUGGAUCAUUUGCUUUCUCAUGGCUCUUGGGAACCUUCUUGAUGGUGUCUGUGGUUCCACCUCUGCUGAAAGGACCAAGGAGUUUCGAGGUGACAACGUCAUUGAUAACCUAUGUGCUACUCUGGGUCUCGUCAACCUAUCUCAAGUAGUUUCUGUUCUAACGUAACGACACACCUCAAUUUUGUUGGAGUUGGAAACCGCAGAUUUUCUCGGAGAUUUAGCUCAUGCGCCGACUUUUCCGCUAUAGUUACGGUGCUGAUAAUUCUGGCAAAUUGUACAAGAGAUUUGUUUUCUGUCAUUUGGAGAAAUUAGAUGAAAGUUAAGAUCGGUUUAAGUAAUUGACCUUUUGUUUCCUUAUUUUUGUUAAUUAUAAUAAUCAAUCAUUUUAUAGAA